UUUUCAAGUUGCACAAUGAUUCAUUUCAAAUUAAAACUAUUGUUGGUUUUGUUUCUGAAACUAACGCAUGGGACAGAAAGCCAUUAUUUGCCAAUCCCUAGAAACCAAGAAAAUCUCUAUGAUUAUUCUUAUUUGGUUCAAAUUUGGAUCGUUGACAGAGACUUCGACUUUUGUUCGGGUGCAUUCAUCACUCAAAAACAUGUGAUAACGUCUGCUUCUUGCUUAAUUGAUUUAAUAGAUUAUCCUGAAGAUUUUGGUGAUGACCCUUAUAAGUUUAGAGCAACUGAUUUUCUUUCUUCUACCAACUUUUCUAUCUCAAAAUUAUCAGUUUAUCCACAAUACGUGUAUCCAUAUUUACACAACAACAUUGCAAUCUUAGAACUAGAAAAAAGAGCUAAUGUACAACCAAUUCCACUAAAUUUUGAGCCCCUUUCUGCUACUUCAUUAUGUGACAAUGUAUUCUGGAACAGAUAUGUUCAGAAAAACAAUUCGCUGGUUAUAUCAUCCACAAUUUAUCCAGUCAGCAUCAAAAAGUGUACAAAUGUCAGUAUGCCGCUUAUGGAGACAUAUAGAUAUGGAAUGAUUUGUGGUGAAUUAGUAUUUAAAAAUCCUAAUACUACUUGGGAACCACAUGUAGAUACACCACUUGUUUGUCAUGGGGCUUUAAGUGGAUUUUUUUUGCUGUUUGAAGAAGAUGUAGAUUCGUAUUUAUUUACUGAUUUACAAUAUUAUCUACCUUGGAUUAUGAAAACUACGAUAUCGUUAGAUUUGUCGCAAAUACUUGCACCUUAGUGAUAGCAAUAUGUUUAUUCUAAAAUAAUUAUAUCUUGUAAAGGGCGUAGAAAAUGGUAAAGGGUAAAAAUUGGUGAAGCUUCAAUUAGGUAAUAUUCGAAUUACUUCUGUGACGUUGCGAAUGGCGGAAUAGCUUUGUUCGCAGUGACAAUCCUGAACUAGUUCAGGCAUCAAAUUCAUGAGCGGUACACAAUCUAAAGUUUAUUUUGAUUACGUCCGUUUAGAAUUUGUUCUAAAAAUGCUCCGCGAACAAAGCUAAUAACGAGUCAGUCUUAUGGCCCAGCUUUGCCAUGAAUAAUUUGAAUUAUUAAUUAAUUUGUAACAAUUAUUGUUUGAAUAAAUUACUGAGAAAUUGAA